GAGUGAAAACACGCCCGUUUCCGGUCCCGUGAAGCGCGCAUGGAUCGUGUGGACGACGUAAACAAACCGCACUGUGGAUCCGGACGGUUUCCUGCGCGUCUCUGCGGGUUUUACCGGAGUUUGCGCCGCCGCUCCGCUCGCCGUUAGCCGUUAGCAGCAGUUAUCCCCCGUUAGCUCCCGGUGCCAUGGUGAAGUGCGCCGUGUCCAGCUGCCCGAACCGGGAGCAGCUCAGCGCGGACCGAAGCUUCAGCCGAGCCCCGAAGCGCUUCUUCAGCCUCCCGCAGGACCCAGCCCGCAUCAAGGUGUGGCUGGCGGCGCUGCGGGAGCCCGACACGCAGGAGUGGACGGAGAGCCAGGUGAUCUGCGAGGACCACUUCCUGCCCGAGGACAUCUGCGCGAGCGGCGUGAGCCCGGACGCCAUCCCCAUCAUGCCCCCCGGCUUAGAGGACGACGAGCUGGGGAUGAACGCCUGGACCGACGACCCCGGGGAGGACGAGUACAGCUGGACCGCCGGGGACCGGGCCGAUGACGAGGCGGAAGGAGAGGAAGAAGAGGACGGAGGAACGAGAGAGGAGGACAACGACGUGGAGGAGGAGGAGGAGGAGGAGGAAGAGGCGGCGGCAACCGUGAUAGAGGAGACGCACAUGGUGACAGAGACAGAAACAGAAAUGGUCACAGUCACAGCGCCCCCUGCAGACAGAAGCCCAGAGCCUCCAACAGAACCACAAGAGCCCAGUUCUGAGCUGCAGCGGCUCCUUUCUCCAGACAAAAAAACUCCAAUAAACGCAGUCCGCUCUGACGCCGCCCUCGCCGUCAUCACGCCUCAGUUCCUGGAGCUCCUGUUGAACUCGGACCGGUCCCUGGACCUGCACCAUGCGGCCGUGGCUCUGCGCAGCAGGAAGAGACGACUGUACGACAUCACCGCUGUGCUCAAAGGACUGGACCUGGUGCAGAAGGAGUCGCCCAGCAAAGUGCGCUGGACGGGGAAGUGCCCGAUCUCCAGCUUCCUGUGGCCCAAGCAGAAGAUGCAGAAAGAGUCGGAGAAGAUGAAGCUCGUGGAGGAGACUCUGGACGGACUCAUCAAGAGCUGCGCCCAGCAACUGUUCCAGAUGACUGACGACCCAAACAACGCCAGCUUGGCCUACGUCACGUUCUCAGACGUCCAGAACCUUCCAGUGCUCGAGAACCAAACUGUGAUCGUGGUCAGAGCUCCAGAGGAGACCAAACUCGAGGUCCCGGCUCCCAAAAAGGACGGGAUCCAGAUCCACCUGAAGUCCGGUUCUGGUCCGAUCUCGGUGCAGGCGUGUGAAGUGUGGCCCGACGGCAAAAAGUCGGAAAAAGGCGCAUUUCUCCAGAUUCAGCACAGUCGCAUCAAAACCUCCACCCUACAGACAGAGGGGACGUCUUCACAGAGCACGGCACCUGGUCUAUAGCACCGGCUUCACUCCAGGGGGCGCCGCUGUUCAAUCUAAAGUUUUAUAUUAAGCUGAGAGAGCUUGGACCAAAACCAGGUCUGGACUGGACUUGAACCGGUUCUAAACCAGGACCAGGACCUACCUCCCUGUACCUGUGGACUCACGGUUCUUAUAUUUCAUUGAGUUACACUUUUCUUUAUGAACAAAUCAUGUUUUUGACUCUGUUUUUCAAAUGAGCUGUUGUAAAUAAAAACUGUAUAUCUGGU